AUGCAAGUUUCGGAUCGAACCAAACAUUGUCUCGCCCUUACCCUCUUGGCAGGCCUGGCUUCCUAUGUGAUUUGGCAUUUUGCAGGACGACCCGAAGUGGACAUUGGAACUGACUUCUCCGGUAUUUGGGCCGAUCUAUGGAAUGAGGGACCCGAACUCAGUGACAACACAACCUAUUACUGGCGCACUGGUGGGCGGGGUGGCCUCACGUUGGACUUGCUCAAUCUUUUGGAUGACACCUGGCAAGGAGAGUAUGACAUUGCUGCCAAUGACUGGGAACAAGGUGAUCCAGAUGUUUUGACUCUACGAUCCGAAAAGGGAGUCUCCAACAUGCCCUGCACCAUGGCAUUUGGCGUCAUGAAGAUUUGCAACGAGAACUACGGUGAUACUGGAUGGCUUGGAAUUAAUGAGAUCAUCAUUGGUGGAUCAAACCAAAGGACUAUCGAGUCCAGCCUGGCAAAAAUGAAUGAUUACUACCUGGGACGAGCUUCCUUGGAGGAGCGCCGGUACACAAUGUGUCAUGAGCUCGGACAUGGUUUUGGUCUCCCUCAUACAGACGAAAACUUUAACAAUCGGGACCUAGGAAACUGCAUGGAUUAUACCAAUCGUCCUAGAAACAACUUGCUUCCUGGAAGAGACAACUUUUUGAGACUUCAAGAGAUGUAUGGGCUGCCCAACCAGCGACCACUUGACCCCGUUUCUCCAAAUGACCAACCUGUAACACCAAACAUGUUUGACCCAAACAACAGACCACAGGCGGAAGAAAAUGCUCCCGGAGAGGAUAAAAAAGAAAAGAAGGAGAAUAAGGAAGAUCGUAAUCUGCGAUCUCGUACAGUUGAAGAGCCGUCAGAAGGCCAACAGGAGCACUCGGAACUUCCCCGUCACUUGGCUCGAGAGUACAAAAAGGCCAUGGCAGAACUGGAACACCACAUGCAAAUGCAGCAGCUAGAAAGCGACGAAGUCCAGGGUUCUGGAUGGAGACGUCUCGAAGACCAUUCCCAUGGUGCCGAGUUUGUUCGACGUUUGGGCCAAGAUCACCACAUCAAGGUUCAGAUGCUUUAUGCAUCACCUCAAAAUUAG